AUGAUAUUGUGGAUCCUAUGGAAUGACGGUGUCCCUGCUGUUACGCAAUGCCCAAUCGCCCCUGGCGAUAGCUUCACCUAUUCAUUUAUCGCAGACACAUACGGAUCAUCUUGGUAUCAUUCUCAUUACUCAGCUCAAUAUGCAGAUGGAGUUUUUGGGCCAAUUGUUAUUCACGGCCCUACAGCAUCGGAUUAUGACUUAGAUAUAGGUCCGGUGUUGGUAACAGACUACUAUCACUUGAAUUACACCACUAUCAACGAGAGAGCUUUCAGUUCUAAUUUUUCGGUUGUAACCGUGCCAGGCGUUAAUAGUCUCAUCAAUGGACGAAAUAACUACAACUGCUCUCUGGUUGACGAAGGUGACACAAGCCCAUGUGUGAGCAAUGCAGGGGUUUCCACUUUUCAAUUUACAGCGGGGAAGAAACACCGACUGCGCUUCGUCAAUGCUGGUGCAAGUGCUCUUCAGACAAUUUCAAUAGACGGACAUAACCUGACUGUUAUUGCGAAUGACUUCGUUCCAGUCGUGCCAUAUCAAACUCAAUAUAUUAAAUUAGGGGUUGGUCAACGUACGGACGUGAUUGUUGAGGGUCUUCCAGAUGCCACGGGCUCGUACUUUUUGAGAUCGCAAAGUCCAGCGAAGCCAUGUGCUGAUACAAUCCAGCCGAAUGCCACGGCUAUUAUCUACUACCGAAACGAGUACCUACCGGAGCCAGACCCAUGGCCAGCUUUUACCGACGCCGUUCAGGUUUGUGCAAAUGAUCCUCUUGAAACUACCGUUCCAUUAUAUCCCAUCGCAUCACCAUCCAAUCCCGCGACGACCUGGGACCUAAAUAUAACUCUUGCUCAGAACGAAACGGGUUCUUAUCUCUGGUACAUGAAUAAUAUCACAUUCCGGGGUGACUACAAUCAUCCGAUCCUACUCCUUUCCAAUCUGGGUAACAACUCUUAUCCCAACCCGGAAUGGAACGUGGAAAAUUUUGGAUCCAAUUCUUCUAUUAGAAUGGUUGUAAACAAUGCCAACCCUCGUACCCAUCCGAUGCAUCUUCACGGUCAUAAUUAUCUGGUCGAAGCAGUCGGAAAUGGCACUUGGGAUGGUAUUAUAACCCGACCGGAUAAUCCUCAACGAAGAGAUACGCAGCUUGUGCCCGGAAACGGAUACAUGGUUAUCUCAUUUACAGCGGAUAACCCCGGUGCUUGGCCUUUCCAUUGUCAUGUUGCAUGGCAUGUGGCAGCAGGUCUUUAUGUCACAGUUCUAGAGAGGCCAGAUGACAUUGCCAACUACAAGAUUCCCAGUACCGUGGCGCAGACAUGCAGGAACUGGUGGGCUUAUACUAACGCGACGGUCGUGGAUCAGAUUGAUUCGGGGCUUUAA